UUUACAAUAAGGAGCUGUUUUAGGCAAAGAUAGAAAGGACCUUUUUUUUAAUUUUUUAAAUUUAUUUUACUUCUUGACGAAUCACGUGAAAAUCACAUUUGUUACUUUAAUGAAGCAUCUGGAAUUGGAGUAAAUACCCGUUUGUAUGUUUUUUGUCAUUCUCGAUCGAUAGAAAAAUCUCUUAUUUUUGCGCAAUGCUUAUUGCAUUUGCCAUUUCCUAUUCAAAGUUCGCGGGACAAAAUUCUCGUUGCUGAUUUGUUUCUGCCUCUGCGAGUGGCUGAAGAGUAGUGGUAACGGGGGGGUCGGACGGAGUACUGCCGCGAAGUCAUCCCGAAUCUGGAGCGGAAAUGCACAACCUGUGACACUUCCUACGAUUGCUACGUUUUGCUAGGUCAAUGGAAUUAAGCGUGCUUGCUGUGCAAAUGGGACGCAUUUUCUCCGCAAAUAAAUGAAUGAGGUGUGCAAGUUGCGCGGGAAUGUACUAGUGAUGGUGAUGCUGUAGAGAAUGGCAGAGCCUGAUCGCAGCUCAAAUGAUGGUACACAAGAAAAUGAGAAUGAAGCUGACUCAGGAACUCAUCAUGAUGGCGGCAAUGAUCACAGUAAUGAAGAAGGUGGAGAACAAGACAAUGAAGCAGAUCAGUCGGGAAGUCAAAGUAGCCCUGUAGGUGUUCCAGAUGGUGUUCUUAAUACAAACUAUGAUUCAAGUGAUGGUGCAAUUCCAGUGCAUCGUUGUGAUCGUUGUGAGAAUUAUGAGGCAUUGACUCAUGUAGCUCUCUUGUCACAUCUUGCUCAGUGUCCUGGUAAUGAAGUUGAAUCUCCUACACCUGGUGAAGUACAUAGAGGUCAUGAUCGCAAGAUAUUUGAAUGUGAUGUGUGCAACAUGAAAUUUUCCAACGGUGCAAAUAUGCGACGUCAUAAAAUGAGACACACUGGUGUAAAACCAUAUGAAUGCAGAAUCUGCCAGAAACGAUUCUUCCGAAAAGACCAUCUUGCUGAACAUUUCACAACCCACACAAAAACUUUGCCAUAUCAUUGCCCGAUUUGUAAUAGAGGCUUCCAACGUCAAAUUGCAAUGAGAGCACAUUUUCAAAAUGAGCAUGUUGGUCAACAUGAUAUGAUUAAAUCUUGUCCUCUGUGCAGUUACCGAGCUGGAUCAAUGAAAAGCUUACGGGUACAUUUCUUUAACAGGCAUGGAAUUGAUUUGGACAACCCAGGUCCGAGUCAACCAAGCGCAUCAUCUGCAAUUCCAGCCAGUGGACAGUGUUCACCUUUGGAACCAAGUUGUAAUAUUAAUGUGGGGGCCUCUUACAGUGAUAGUGGUGACUCAGUGGGUGCAAGAUCUGUUGAUAAUGCCACCCCUCCUAUGCAUUUCUUGACUCCUCAUGUUGAAAUUUCCAUGGCUGAUGCUCCAGCUACUGGAUUUUCUCCUGCUCAGAGCGAACAACCUCUUGCAUCAGCCUCUCAGUCCGGCAGUGAAUUAUCCUCUCAACAUCUGAAUGGAGAAUGCCCAGGAUCCCCACAUUCUGCUGAUUCAAAUUCUAAUGCUCCUUCGAGCAGUCUUAACAAUUCCCUGAAAAGGCCUGAACCAGAAGGCACAUCAAUCACUCCGUCCAUAUCUCUGAUCCCAAUCAAACAAGAACCUAGCUCAGAGGACCCUGUUCGUGCAAACGGACCUGUCAAUUUGACCACUAGUAGGUCUGGAGCUGAACUUGCCUCUGGAGCCACGAAUGUCCAGUUUCCAACUGCCUCAUCGAGUAGUCUUACAUCGUUAAUCAAAGUAUCACCAUUAAAAUCUCUUCUUCGAGAUGAUUUAAAGCGAAAAAUUGGGAAUCGCAUGGCCCCACAAAUUGCACAUGGGCAUCCCUCAGCAGGUUCAGGGCAUCCUGAAAGCUCAUUUCCCAUUCAACCUAUUGCAGCAACUACUACAAAUGGUGCAAUUACUUCAACGGGUCCAGAACAACCUUCAGAUUCCACGGAAUGGCGUUCACUCCACAAAAGAAUCCCAUCUCUUCAGUGUAUUUUCUGUGGUAUUGCCUUUCCUGAUCAGACAUUAUACUUCUUGCAUAAAGGUUGUCAUUCGGACAGCAAUCCCUGGAAAUGUAAUAUAUGUGGUGAACAGUGCUCAAAUGUGUAUGAAUUUAAUUCACAUUUGCUCAGUAAAACUCAUCAGUAAAAUGAAAAUUUUACUUGAUCUUCCAAGGUAGCAUUACAUAUGCACACAAACUUCACAGCAUUAAGCUUUUUCCUUCAAAGAUUUUGUAGUUACAGUGAAACCCUAGUUUAGUGGAACUCAGUUUCAAGGUAAACCAGUAUUUGAGGUAAAAUAUAUAUGGUCCUGAGAAACACCUCAAGAACAAUGCAUUUCCAUCCCCAAUUUAGUGGUAUUUACGUUUGUAUAAAACCAAGAUCCCAAACAUAUUUAAGAUAAGUCAUACUUAACAGAAGUUCAACAAUAGGACACUUUUUUGAUCAAUUUGUUCACUUCCGAAAGUAUGAUACAAAAGUCUCUCAUAGCUGAGAAAGUCAAAAGCACAACAUUUAGCAGAUGGUUACCAGGAGCAUUGCAAACAGUUUUGUUAUUUAUGUUUCUUUGAUUUUUUCUUUCAGUCUUCAUUCUUUCCAAGUGUAUUACUUGCCCUGACUCCUGGAAACACACUGUUUGCCUUCCGCCUUUGAUGCUUUGCUAAUAGGUAAUAUUGUCUUUGUCUUUGGACAUAAAAAAUAAAGGUAGAUCUUAUAUUUUAAAUUUGCACUUUCUGCUAUUGAAAUUAUCUUAACCCCUUUUAGUGUAAACCCUUAUUUAAGGGUUAAAAAAAUGGUUGGCUCUCAGUAUUACACUAAAUAGGGGUUUCACUGUGUUACAGUCCAUCCAGAUUCUGAAUGUGUGGUUUACAUUUCCAAGAAAUGGGCCUUAAAAGUCUUCAGUUUUAGUCAUCAGUCACAUACAUUUUGUAGAUGGUACAAACUAAUUUUAUCAUCUACGUUUAUAUUCUUACAUACUGUUAUUAUUAUCAUCUUUAGUUCUUUUAUAUUUACAAACAUUCCUUUAUUGGUGCUUUCAUUGUAUCAGAUUUUACUUUAAAUAUUCUGAUAAUAUUUUUAAAUAUUGUCUCUUGUGAUACUUUAAAAGUUUCGUAGAACAAAACAAACGAGUUUUAUACCCCCAUACAAAGACAAGUAGACAUAACGUUUUGUUGUUUUUUUUUAGGGUGAAAAACUUAAAUUCAAAUUAAUAAUUGAUAUCUCUGAUUUUUUUAUCUUAAUUUAUGUUCUUGCCUCAAAUUUGAUGUAGAUUAUAGAGUAUAUAUUAAACAUAAUAUCUUUUUUUAAAUUUCUUUGUUAAUAUUUCAGUCUUACCAAAUGUAAGAAGCUUAAUUUUGAAAAUGAAUUUUCAAAGAUUUUAUUUCAAAAUAAAUUUUAUUUCAUGGCAAGUUCAGUACAUGAUUUAUUUAUUAUGUAUCUGAAGAAAUUUUAUGAAUUCCUUUACUAACAUUCAUUGGGUAAAGCGUAUUUGAAAACCAAACAAACGUAUGUCAUGAAAGUAUUACUCACUAUUAUCUCAUAGCAGCAUUAAUACCUGUAAAACCCUACAUAUUGAAAUGUUUUAAAAACUUAUAAAAUGUAAUUUCUUUCAAAUUUAAUGCUUCCUAUUCUUGAGGCAAAAAACAUUUUUGUAUACAAGUAUUUGGUGAACUACUUUUUGUUGAUAUAAAAAAAUGAUUAUUAAUAUUGUGUGCGAAAUGACUGCCUUGGACAGUACCGUAGUCAGAAUUUUGUUUCAAGCAGAGCUUGUCAAGCAAACAUGAAGUAAUAAUCAAGUUUUAAUUAACCUUUCCUGAAACCCUGUUAAGAAAUUUUUGACAUCUUUGAACUUGACACAAUAUGAAAAAUACGUAAUUUAUUAUGUUAUUUUUUGGAAAACAGGUAAAAUUACUUCACUUAAGAUUUACUUGCAAAAAUAUUAAAUGACAAACUGCGCAGUAUUGAGAGAGAGAUUUCUUUUUUGUGAGGGGAUGUAUUACCCUAGCCGCCCCUCUAGCUGCGUGAAUGGUCUCAGAAAUAGGGAUGUGUGUUUAAAGUAAUGAUGUGUAAAUCCACCCAAAUGUUUAUCUCCUCAUUUAUUAUUGACUGAUACAAUGAAUUCUUUUUCUAUAAAUUUAUUGCAAAUUUCCAUAAAGGGGUACUUGAUAUUUAUUAAUUUAUUGGAUCUCUAUCUGGUUGAUUUGUAAUUAUUAUUUGUUGACAUAUAAUUUGAGAAAAAUAUUUUAUAUUUAUAAUGAUUUUUAUUUAUAUAUUUUUUGUUGCACUUUCGUUGUAAUGAUUUUGUUGAUUUGGUUUUACUCUAUAUAUAGUCAUCCAAUAUGGUUGUGAUGUAUGAAUUCAUGCAGUGUUUUCAUUACAGAUGUAGUGCAUUAAUCAAAGAACAGCACAGUGUGUUUUUAUCAUUUAUAUAUUUAUUUAUGCUGUGUGUCUUAUGAUCGGUUUUUAUAUCAUAUUUAUUUGUACAGUAUUUAUUUUUAUAUUAUUUAUCAUCAAAUUCUGCUGUAUGUUCUUUGGAAUACUGAGCAGUAUCAAGAUUUUGAUAGUUUAUAAAUGUAUUUUCAGUUUUCUCUCUUAAGGAAAGACUAAAUUAUUAAUGUGCCUUUCAAUACAAGUAUUCUGACUUCAAUUUAAAAAAAAUUAAAUUGUAUAUUUUUAAACAUUGAGAAAAUGCUUUAUUGAAGUGUAAUUUUUUUAUGACCUUGUGAAUUAAUAUUAAUAUAACCAAAUUAUGUUCAGCAGUAUCUGUUAAAAGUUUGAAAAAAUACAUUUGGGGGAUACUUAAUUAAAUUUCAGAGGAAUCAGUGUUUUUAAAUUGGCACAUCAUAUCAAUUUGCUAAGUAAUAUUUUGUAACUUGAAAUGAUCUUUUCACACAGAUAAAAAUCAAUAAAAUAUGAUUAUUUAUGUAGUAAUUUAAUUUGUUUGUGUUUUGUGCCUCUUUGAAAACAUAGAUUACAGUUAUUAUAAAAGGGAGAAUUGAAUGGUACAUAUUUAUAUUUAGAAUAGUUGGUACCUAUGUCAAAAUUAUUAUUUCUCUAGCUCCAUACUGUUUUGCUCAAUGGUGUCCUUCUUGUGACUGUUAUAUAGGAUAUUCACUUUCAAAUUAUUAAAAUUGGUAAACAUUCCAUAGAUUUAAUUACUAAUCUAAUUGUAGAAUAAUCAACAUGAGUUGAAUUAUUCAGAUCUAUUGAUAGUAGGCUCUAGAAUAUCAUACCGAAGAAGUGGUGAUUUGCCUUGAAAUUAUCACUUAAAGAAGCAGAAUUUAUGAACUUCACUUAUAAAAACAUUUCACAAAAAUGUUUUGUUUCUACUGGAAACAGUAUACCAAGUAUAAAUCAUGUGAUCUAUUAAGUUUGAGAAUUUGAAUCUUUUAAAAAUUGAAAAGAGCAACUUUAUUGUUAAAGUGGAGAGAAAUUUUCAUGUAUUUGUUGCAACAAAAUGAAAGCAAAAAAUUAGUAUUAGGAGAUGGAUAUUUACCAGUUUUCAGGUAUGUUGACUUGUGCAUUAUGUUGAUGUUCUUAUAGAAGCACAAGAAUUUUCUUUAUUUUUUCUGUUCAAUCCAUUUCAAUAAGUAAAUCAAUGUUUUCCUUCCUUUACAUUACCUUAUUUGAACAAAGGUUCCAAAAAUUGGGAAUUAACAUUGAAUUUGGAAAGUGAAUGUUUGAUACGAUUAAGCAAUUUUUCUAUCAUUUUGAAAUUUUUAGCUAUGAUAAUAAAUGUUCGUGAAUAGUAGUUUGAAACUGAAGUAAUUGUGAGCAUUGCACAUACUGCACUAAGUUAGUCAUAAGAAAUUAUUUGAAACAUGUUUGUAAAUAAUGGAAUGAUAAAUUUUUGGUAUGACUGAUUUGUUCUCAUGAUAGUAAAAUUAUUUUUAUAACUUUGUGAGGAUAAAAUUGUGUUCUAAUGAAAUAUUUCAGUACUUACAAAUUUCAAGCUUAUGAAGCAUUUCUCUCUCCUUUUACAGAAUGAACUAGGAUGAUGUGAUCCUACUUGCUAUAAAUUGUCUAUGAAUGAUGUCUAGAAAUUCUUGGUAAAUUGUUGGUAACGAUAAAUAUUCACUGGCAUCACUUGGUUGAAGUUUCCUAAUUUUGCAAAGAAUAUGCUUCAAAGUAUGUAAGGCGUCUUUUAUUAGGUCUUUUCUUUACUUGUCAUUGAUGAAGAAAAUUAAAUUAUAUUUUGUAAGUAUAAAUACAGCAAAUGUUUGUGAAAGAAAAAGUGCCUUUUGUCAUUCCCAUUUAAAAGAUGUUCUGGUUGUUGUUUUUUUUUUUUUGUUUGUUUCUCUGAAACUAGUCAUGUUUUUGUGAAGAAAUACUCCCCUAUUUACCUAUUAUUGAAUUUUUUAUAAAAGUCAAAAACUUUCUUUCUCUCUGAUUAAGUGAACCUGCCUUUCUCGUGACCUGUCUGGCGGUGGUUCAGAACUUAGAAAUUUAAUUUUUAGUUUGUAAAAUGCUUGCAUGCAUUCCAUGCAUGCAAGAAUGGAAACGACCAUGAGUUUCUUGAAAAAAAUUAUUUAGGGAAUAACUCUCCAUGAUUACUGCUUGUUUUAUGCUGUCCAGUUUCUUUCUUAAAUGUCUUUCUUUCCACCUUUAUUUAAUUGUGUGUGCCUUAGAGAAGGGAUGUGCUGAAGGUGUAAUUGUCUUUAAAUUGAUCCAGUGCUUUUAUCACAAACCUGUGCUGUGGUGCUUGGAAUCAUUCCAAGAUUUAUGUACAGUUUCAAUUUUCUCAAAAGUAGCUGGAAUAUUUAUGCUUCCUUUCAAUUGCAGUGUUUUCUCAUGGUAUAAAAUUGUGAACAUUUGAAACUCAGGUGAAUAUUCAUUAACUUUUUAAUGCACUUCACAUGUGCAGUACUGUAAUAAAUUUAACAUCAGCUCAGUUGAGCAGAUUAGGUAAACGAAAACAAAAAGUGUAUGGCUUCUGAAUGGUGCUUCCAGCCAAACUGAUGUCACCAGAAUUCAGUGUAAUUAAAAAACAAUAUUGAAAUGUUUCCAUACUCAUUACCAAUGUAAGUUAUAAUCAGUAUUUUAAGACCCUUGUAGUUCAUACAUUUUGUCAACCUUGCCAGAAUUACAAGGAAAAAAGGCCUUACUAGAAUCAUGUGUAUGUGCACUUACAGUGAGAGAAAAAGAGUACAAAUGAAGCCUAUUUAAUCUAUUGUCAGAACAAAAUUUAAUGUUGCUGAUAAAUGUACUUACUAAAAGAUGAUACAAUGUGAUAAGACGAUUAUACAUCUUUAUGUACGAUGCUUUGAAGAGCAUUUUGUUUAUGAUCCACGCUAUUUGUUUUUUAUCUCUUUUGUCAGUUCUUGUUCCAUCUUUAUUAAAAUAUGACAUUGUAUCAUUUUUUGUUUAUUUAUAUAUGGGUGUCUGAGUAUGUUAUGAGAAAUAGAAACCAAAGCAAAAGCUGAAAUCUAGUGUCCUGUUUCAUAUAGGCAUCUAAAUGAAAUGAAUGUUGACAUUUGACCGUUAUGAAGUAUGUAUAGUGCUCUGCCUAGCACACAUUCCCAUGAGUGGAAUCUUCAAUAAAUUUUAAGUCUUGUGUCAUUUGCGAAUAUAUUGCGAAGAGAGAUGUAUUUAUUAUUACAUGGUAUGAACUAUAAAUGUGGUGGUGAUGGUUUAUAUUUAAUAAAAUGG